GACUGGGGAAUGAAAGAGGCAGCCGCGUUUCAUGAAGAGAUGACAAAGUAACACAUCUGGAGUCGUUUCUGUUAAAGUCAUAUUAGUUUUUUUUUUUAAAGCACAGAGGUGUUUCAGUUCAGACAAGGACACUGUCUAAGGAUCAAGUGCCAAAUGCCAAGACUAGAUGACCAUUGUUGGACCUGCUCAUGUUCAACCAGUGUGAAGUCAAAGGACCUGUCGAGCGCCAGCUGGAUUGUUUGUAAAACGGGUGAAAUGAUGUCCAUUAUAACCUCCGUGCUUAGUCAUGCAUACGGCUCUGUGCACAGUCUCCAGUCUGCUAAUUUAAUACGACGGGGGCUUGUGUUGUUUAUUGUCGGAGUAGUUCUCGCCUUGGUGUUAAACUUACUACAGAUCCAGAGAAACGUUACAUUGUUCCCAGAGGAAGUGCUGGUCACUUUGUUUUCGUCCGCCUGGUGGAUUCCGCUCUGCUGUGGAACUGCUGCUGCUGUGGUUGGUCUGUUGUAUCCCUGCUUGGACCACCACCUUGGAGAGCCACACAAGUUUAAGCGGGAGUGGGCAAGUGUGAUGCGCUGCAUUGCCGUUUUUGUGGGCAUUAAUCACGCCAGUGCUAAACUGGACUUUGCCAAUAAUGUGCAGCUUUCUCUAACCCUGGCCGCCCUGUCUAUGGGCCUGUGGUGGACAUUUGACCGUUCCAGGAGUGGCUUUGGCCUGGGGCUGACCACUGCCCUGCUAGCCACUCUCAUUGCUCAGCUGCUGGUCUACAACGGCAUCUACCAGUAUACAUCACCAGACUUCUUGUAUGUACGUUCCUGGCUGCCUUGUAUAUUCUUCUCUGGUGGAGUGACGGUAGGGAAUAUCGGGCGACAGCUGGCUAUGGGCUCGACUGAGAAGCCUCACAACGACUAAGCAGGUGUUGGAGGUCAUGAAGUGAGCUUUGUAGAGUGCCAAAAAUGGACGGCCUGUGAACUGAGACUCUAUAUUGUGUGUCCCGGGAGACAAAGAUGUUUCUGUCCUAGCAUAACUUCUGCUCUUAAUUUUGCUCCUCUUUAUAACAAAAAAGGAAUAUGAAGAGCGGGCUGGUCUGAGAUGACCCAAUGUGCCAUGAACAGCACCUCCGAACCACCAAAAGAACCCCCGUGGCAUUCAUUACUGCCAUAACCAUUGUCAUUGUUACAACAGCUCCAUGCAGUAGUGUUACUGGUAACAUCAGUCUCCUUAUUACCAGGUUGCUGGAUUGCCAACUGUAAAAAAAUCAUAGCUAGUUUCACAUCUGAAUUUGAAAAAGUGAAAAGUAGUGGUGAAGCUGUGUGUAUACAGGUGGGUGUGUGUGAUGGGUCCUAUGGAUAAGACCAAGGAAGAAAAAGUGGUGCUGAAGUGCACACUUUAUCAUGUUUAAUUUUUGCUGGAGAACCGAAAGAUAAAUGAAAGGGAAAAAAAAAAUCAAGGCUGUGCAAAAUACCUAAAAUAUCCAAAGAGGUCUGUGUACUGUCUAGAUAGGAUUUGUUUGAUUUUUGUUUUUUUGACAAUACCUGCAGCACUGCGAGGCUACCAUGGACUGACCACCCUGAGUAUUACAAUGAGUACCAGAGAGGUUUGGUUGCCAAUGACAUUUGUGCCGACUGGUUAUCACUACUUUGUAUGUUUGUUGCAAACACAGACCAAAAGUAAAUCUAGAAACAUUAGUUAUAAAGUGGCAUCUUGAAAUAAGAAUCAAACGUAAGGAUGCUCAUAUUUCUAUUAUUGUAAAUUCACUGAAUAAUUUUAAAUAUUUUCAGUUGAAUUUUAAAGGUGUCUAAAUGAAACCAAUGAAAUGGUAGGAAACUUGGGAUAACUGAGUGUCCAAGAAAACACAUUUUUACUGCAGCCUCAAAGGUUUGCAAUCUGUGAUUGCCUUUGUAUUAUAAAAUUGAGUGCUUUUGUCACUACACUUGUCUAUUUGUUUGUACUUCAUUUAUUGUGUAUUGCUUAUCACAUGUAGACGCUUCUAUAUCUAAUCUAAGAUGUAUUACUGGGCUAGAGUGUAGGGUUGGGGUCUUAGCUAAUUAAGUGCAAUCAGUUACUAUGAGCCUGAUAUUCUUUAAUAUUUAUUACUUUUUACAAUAUUAAGGUACCCCAGGCAACUCAGUCAUAUGCAGUAUGGAAACCAACCAGCAAUAACCACAUUGUUUAUAUGUAAAGUGAAGGUAUAGUAUGAUGGCAAAAUACUUGUUCUAAAAGAAGUCCCACACAAAAGAUGCCAUUGCAAAGGAUACCAAUGACCAUUUUCACUUUU